GGGUGGUGUACAAGUGUCACACUGGGCAGGAUGGGAGGUUAGGUCUGUAUAGAUGUGGGGCUGAGAUGAGUGUGCAGUUGGCAGGAUGGAAGUGUGUGUGUUUGUGUACGCGUGAUGCUGGGCAGGAUGGGAAGGUUGGGGGUGUACAGAUGUAGAAGUGAGCAACGUAGGACCAGGCAUUAUAUUGGUAUUUAGGGCUAGGAGAGGAAUUCUACGUAAAGAGGCAGGGGUAGAGGGAAUGAUCUGCAAAUAGACCCAGUGAUUGUGUGGGCUGGGGACAUUUCCCUUUAUAACGGAUGGACUGUUAUUAUGACUUACCAUGGGGCUGGAGAGAGGACCAGUCAUGAAGAGAAUUCUGACCAUGAACAAAUUUCUGCCUUCUGCCCUUAUUAGUCUGGUGUUGGUGGUCUCUUGGCUAGCAGGAACAGGGCAGCCCAGCUCAGUAGAAGACGAAGCAAGGGACAAAAUCACUGUCUUUACCAGAAUUCUUGACCGAUUACUGGAUGGCUACGACAACCGACUAAGACCAGGAUUAGGAGAGAGAAUAACAGAAGUGAAGACAGACAUCUAUGUAACCAGCUUUGGACCUGUUUCAGACACCGACAUGGAAUAUACAAUUGAUGUGUUCUUUCGACAAAGAUGGAAAGAUGAAAGGCUUAAGUUUCAGGGUCCAAUGAAUAUUCUUCGAUUGAACAAUUUGAUGGCCAGUAAGAUAUGGACACCCGACACAUUCUUUUAUAAUGGCAAGAAAUCGGUGGCACAUAAUAUGACCAUGCCAAACAAGCUGCUCCGAAUCCAAGAUGAUGGAACUCUUCUUUAUACAAUGAGGCUUACUGUCCAAGCAGAGUGCCCAAUGCAUCUAGAGGAUUUUCCAAUGGAUGCACAUGCUUGCCCCUUGAAAUUUGGAAGCUAUGCCUAUACCCGCACAGAGGUGAAUUACAAUUGGACUGAUGGACCAGGAAAAUCUGUGGUCGUUGCAGAAGAUGGUUCUCGCUUAAACCAGUAUGAUUUACUAGGACAGACUGUAGGAGAAGAGCUUAUUCGGUCCAGUACAGGUGAAUAUAAAGUCAUGACAACAUAUUUCCACCUGAAGAGAAAAAUUGGGUACUUUGUGAUCCAGACCUAUCUGCCGUGCAUCAUGACUGUCAUACUCUCACAAGUGUCCUUUUGGCUGAACAGAGAAUCAGUACCUGCAAGGACUGUCUUUGGAGUGACAACAGUGCUUACAAUGACAACUCUGAGUAUCAGUGCUCGAAACUCUCUUCCUAAAGUUGCUUAUGCAACCGCCAUGGACUGGUUUAUUGCAGUCUGCUAUGCAUUUGUGUUUUCUGCACUAAUAGAAUUUGCUACAGUGAAUUAUUUUACAAAACGAGGCUGGGCUUGGGACGGCAAAAGUGUUGUGAAUGAUAAGAAGAAAAAGAAGGCUUCUGUAAUGAAGAAAAAUAAUGCAUAUGCAGUGGCAGUUGCCAAUUAUGCACCUAAUAUCACUAAGGACUCGGUAUUGCCAACGAUUGCAAAGAGUGCAACUGCAGAGCCAAAAGAGGCCAAACCAGAGACCAAACCACAAGAGGCCAAGAAAACAUUUAACAGCGUAAGCAAAAUUGAUAGAAUGUCCAGGAUAAUGUUUCCAGUUUUAUUUGGAACUUUCAAUUUAGUGUACUGGGCUACAUAUUUAAACAGAGAACCUGUUAUUAAAGAGAUAAGGAAUGAUGCCACAAAAUAAUCAUUGAUGCAUUUUAAGGCAUGUGGAAUUUCUAACGGAUGAUGAUGCCAAAUACAACCGGUAAUUGCUAAUCUAUGUACUUUGGUAUGUUUUUAACAAUAAGCUUUUACUUUGUCAUGUUUCAUUCAGAGAAGACUUGCAAAAUCCAUACAACCUAUGUGUCAAUUACUUAAAAAAAAUUCAGUUGCAAAGUCAGUGAAGGCACAAAUGGAUCAAGUUAUUGGACACUCAAAGAAUUAGUUAUGGCAAAGGAGACAGAUCAUUUUAAUAGGUGGCCUGGACAGUAAUCUGGCUAAGUGGAGCGUUCAUUUGCUGUAGAACCUGUAGGAUUUUUAUUUCAUUGUAAUCAACGGACAACAAAUCUUGGAGGCUUUUGCUUUGGGUCUGUCAUCAUUCAGCCAAGUUACUGUCCACGUACGAGAUUGAAAUCUGCUUCCAUAACAUGUGAUGGAGAAAGCUUGGGGUUAUAAUUUCAAAUGCUGUGAGCCACACAACUGUUUACAAGGUUUUGCAUUGCAGAUACAUAAAAUCAAAGGAGUUCAUAUGUUAGCACUUAUUGGUUGAAUUAAACAAUUAGGUUACACUCUUAUGAUUUUUUUUAUGUAAUACCACAUGUUAUAUAAAAAGUGUUGAUGGUUGAAAGUAGUAUCUAGUGAUUUUUAAUUUCCUGUGUCUAGUACACAAUUUACAUUGGUUUCAGUGCAAAACUUUAAAUUGUAAAAAAAAUGUUUCUAUAUCGUGCAAGAUGCUUUAUGUUUAAAGAAACACAAAAGCUAGGUUUCUCAAAAAAAUCUUAUAACACAACUUUAAUGUUUACUUUAUUGUAUUUCUUCCACAUUUGUUUUGUGCUAUCAUUUUGGUUUUAAUGUUGAAUAUGACGCAUGUGAUUUGGGGAUUUGCAUGAUGAUACCGGUACCAAGGUCACAGAACAGAUUUUGUGACUAACCCAACAAUGGCAUCAUACAAUGCACAGAAAAUAUUGCCUCAGUAAACACAUUAACACCUCUGAGAUCCAUUUUAUCUUCUGAACCAACUUUAACAAUGCAGAACCUUGAGGGAUACAAUAAAGAAAAAUGAACCCAAAGCUGUGUUUGAUAGAUUUUCUUCCAUAAAGUCAAGAUUGUGAAAAAAAAGUUUAAAAAUUAGAGGAUUUCAAUUUAAGUAACAAAAUAAUUUUCUCCUAGAGUCAUUUCAAAAUACUGGAAUAACUACAAUUCGCCAGCCUCCUACCUUACCAUUUAAACCAAUCUCCCAUGUAGAACCUUAUCGAAGGGCACACUGAAAUCAAUUUAGACUACAUUACUGCACUACCUUCAUUGACACUCUUGGUCAACUCUUCAAAAAAAAAAGUUCACUAACAUUAGUGGACAGGAUCUCCCAGUAAUAAAAUGAUGCUGACUAUCCUUGAUCAAAUCCAGCUUGUUCAAGUGCAAAGUAAGACCAUCAAAAUUUUUUCCAUUAUGUUUCCUUAUCAGCUUGUAAAUACCUGCCUUUUCCCUGCUGCUCUGGAGAGAGGUACAGAGCCCAUUGGCUGUCUUCCAGUCAUAAGGAACCUCUUCAAUGGACGGAGGAGAAUUGAAUGUUUCUGUUAAAAUCCCUGCAAUCUCCUCCAUAUGGCUGCUUGGAGU